AUGUACUUCAAUGAUCCAGAAAAAGAUGCGAAUGCUCCAAAGACAUAUUAUAUGGAUGAAGUGGCAUGUUUCAAAAGGACAUUUAUGCAAGCUCGCGAAGAUAGUCCCUUUCAAAGCAUCGAUGAAUCCAUGGCUAAAUUCAAAGGUCGUUCUAGCCUAAAGCAGUAUUUACCCCUAAAGCCAAUAAAACGGGGAAUCAAAGUGUGGGAGAGAUGUGAUGCUGCUACGGGCUACACCUUUGACUUCAAUAUAUAUUCUGGCAAAGACAUGGAUAAUACAGAUCAUGAGGGUACAAUACUUGGAGAAAGAGUUGUUCUAAAACUUUCCUCAACAAUACGUAACCCAGAUGUUACACUUACAUUUGAUAGAUUUUUUACAAGUGCAAACUUAUUGGAUAACAUAUCCUUUCCUUCUGUUGGUACUUGUAUUUCUCGUAGAAAAGACAUGACAAAAUUCUCUGACGAAAAAUUUCAAAAAGUGAUUCAGAUUUCUCCAGAAUAG